UUCUCCAUUCCAUUCCAUUCCAUUCCUCCUUUUCCAUUCUCACUCUCAGGCACACAACACAUCCAAACCCCAAACCCAACCCGCAAAAUUCUAGGGUUUGUGUUUGUGGUUCCAUAAUGUCUCAGAACGGGAAGCUCAUGCCCAAUCUCGACCAGCACAGCACCAAGCUCCUCAACCUCACUGUUCUUCAGUGCAUCGACCCCUUCGUCAAGGAAAUCCUCAUCACCGCUGCACACGUCACCUUCUACGAGUUCAACAUUGACCUCUCCCAAUGGAGCUGCAAGGACGUCGAGGGAUCCCUCUUCGUUGUCAAAAGGAACACGCAACCGCGAUUUCAGUUUAUUGUGAUGAACCGUCGCAAUAUUGAAAAUUUGGUGGAUAAUCUUUUGGGGGAUUUCGAGUAUGAAGUUCAAGUUCCUUAUCUAUUAUAUAGAAAUGCUGCUCAAGAAGUGAAUGGCAUCUGGUUCUAUAAUGCACGUGAAUGUGAAGAGGUUGCAAAUCUUUUUAACAGGAUCCUUAAUGCAUAUGCUAAGGUGCCUCCAAAGUCAUGAGAAAGUUGACAGAAAAGAUAAAAGUGA